GUCAUUAAUAGAAAAAUGGGCAAUUGUACACAAGCACAAAUACGUGAAAUGAAUGCUCCAUCAGGAAGAAUUCGUGCCAAGAGCUCCAAUUCAUUCGAAUUCUCAGAGAAAUCACUGGUAAAAAGUGACAAAAGUAGAGGGAAUUUGAGUAAGACAACAGAUACGCCUCACUUUGCAGUUCAUAGACGGAAAGCUAACACUCAGUGGGACACCAAGCCAGAAUUCAGCCUUGCUUCAGAGAUGGAGUCCAGCUGCGAUACCUUUGACAGCUCUAACAAGAAAAUUGACAAGAAACGACCUACCCUAAAAGAAGUCAUGAAGAAGCUGCUGAAAAAUAAAGAAAAGGAAGCUAAUCACGCCAUGAUCCUUCUUUCUGAAUGAAUGAGGGAUAAACUUAAGAUUUCCAUCGAGCACUGAGAGAAUCUCAUGAAAUCUUCUGAGCUAAAAGAUCUUAGAUACGCACGAGAUACCUAUACCGGGCAAGGGCUGUUACACUUUUGCUGAACACAAGGCCACUUGGAGUUAUUCGAGCCACUUCUCGAGCGAGAGCCUAACCUGAUCUUUUGUAAGGAUGAUGAUGGGAACACCCCGUUCCAUAACCUGUGCACCAACACGAAGAGUAACGAAGCUGAAUUGAUAUCAAUGUUCAACCUCAUGAAAAAGGAGCAUGUUGAUAUCCACAUUGAGAAUUCUUUGGGAGUCACAGGUUUGCAAAUCCUACAGGAGAGAGCAAAGGAAAACAACCCUUAUGAUAAUGUCCAAAGUGUUAAGAAGUUUCUCCAACACGUCAUUACUAGCUGUAUAAAGGAUGAUAAGUUAUCAGAGACCUUAUCUAGCUUACCUCUUACAGCUUUUUGGAGAGAUCAGGAUCAAGCUAGGUCGACUCAUUCAAGUUCUAGAUCUUCUGUGAGGAAGAAGAAAAGUUCUAGCCUGAAAAAGGUACGCUCGAAGCAAAGAAAUUUAUCGAUUAAGGAUAGGAAAUCAUAAUGAAGCUUAUUACUUAAUUUAUCGAGGAAAGUACUUAUUGUCUAUACCCUCUUACAGA